AUGACGGGCGCGCCGAAGAAGAGGAGCUGCGAGCUGCUCGCCGAGCUCGAGGGGCGUGGCGAGAGGGGCCUGUACUCGGGCGUCAUCGGGUACAUGGACGUUACGGGCCGCGGCGACUGGAGCGUCACCAUCCGGACCAUGUGGCGGUGGGACGACGAGGAGGGCCGCGAGGAGGGCGACGUCUGGCACAUUGGCGCCGGCGGCGCUGUGACGAUCCUCAGCACGCCCGAGGGCGAGACGGAGGAGAUGUUCACCAAGCUGGCGGGGCCGCUGGGCGUGUUUUCGCAGUAG